AUGGCGGCUGUUCUCUUUCGGAAAAGCAGACGGGUAGCAUCGAAGCUUAGUGUAGAAAAUGUCACUAAGGUGCUGGGCACAAGUGGUGUCAACCAUCAGGACAGGCGUCACCUGUCUUUACAUGAGUACCUGAGUUUUGGACUCCUUAAAGAAGCCAAAGUACCAAUCCCACGAUACAAGGUCUGUGACCACACAGAGGAAGUGGAGAAGGCCGCCAGAGAUUUGUUGGAGCAGACUGGCUCCCCAGAUGUGGUGAUAAAGGCACAGGUUCUAGCUGGAGGGCGUGGCAAAGGGCAUUUUACUAGUGGUCUCAAGGGAGGUGUCAAAAUAUGUUUUUCUCCAGAUGAAGCAUCAGAUAUUGCAUCCCAGAUGAUUGGCUCUAGGCUGAUCACUAAACAAGCCCCCAUGGGUAGAAUCUGUAACCAGGUUAUGCUUUCAGAGAGAUUGUAUGCCAGGCGAGAAUUCUACUUUGCCUUAGCCAUGGAGAGGUCAUUUAUGGGACCAGUGAUGGUUGGAAGUUCCCAGGGAGGAAUGAGCAUUGAGGAUGUGGCCCAAGAAAACCCAACGGCCAUCUUAAAGGAACCAGUAGACAUCUUUGCAGGACUGACGAGACAGCAGGCUGUGAGCAUGGCCGGAGAGAUGGGCUUCAGUCCCGCGUGUAUUGACCAGGCAGCAGAUAUUUUCCUUAGACUCUACCAUGAUAUUUUCCUCAAACAUGAUGCUACAAUGAUAGAAAUAAAUCCAAUGUCAGAAUCUAACGAUGGAACAGUAUACUGCAUGGACUGUAAGAUCAACAUUGACGACAAUGCAUCAUUCAGGCAGAAACAGAUCUUCCAGCUUCGUGAUUGGUCACAAGAAGAUCCUCGGGAAGAGAGGGCUGCAAUGGCCGAUCUGAAUUAUAUCGGACUGGACGGGAACAUCGGUUGUCUUGUUAACGGGGCUGGCUUAGCCAUGGCCACUAUGGACAUUAUUAAAUUGCAUGGAGGGAGCCCGGCCAAUUUCUUAGAUGUUGGAGGCGGAGCAACAGCCAAGCAAGUGAUGGAGGCCUUCAGGCUCAUCACCUCAGACCCUAAUGUGCAAGCAAUUUUAGUAAAUAUUUUUGGAGGCAUAAUGAGGUGUGAUGUUAUUGCUCAAGGCAUCAUAGCUGCUGCAGAAGAACUGCACUUAAAAGUUCCCAUAAUGGUGCGACUUCAAGGAACAAAAGUAGAGGAUGCCAAGGCUUUAAUGGCUGCCAGUAGUCUCAAGAUAAUGGCUGAUGAUAACCUGGAUGCAGCUGCUGCAACAGUGGUGCGACUCUCCAGGAUUGUGGGCCUUGCCAAAGAAGCCAACAUUGCUGUGAAUUUUGAACUACCACUCUAGGAUGUCUUUUAUCAAAGUUGUUACAGUUAAAUAUCAAAUGAUUAUAUAUACAAAAUACAAAAGAAACAAACUGUGCAAGUGAACUGUCUUAUUUAAACUUAAAAACUCUUGCUUGCAUUUAAUUGAUCUAUUCUACAGAAUCUCCAUUUCUUGAAGCAUAAAAUAUGGGCAAAAUAUUGAUAUUGAGAAAUUGCUUAGAAUAACAAUCUGCCAAAUUCAUUAAUCUUUCCAGCUACAUUUUAACAUCCUCAUUAAGUUAUAUUGUCCAAGUGCAGCAUAAUAAUCCACCAUAGCUUGGCUGUCCAGUCAGUCACCUAGGACUUCUUGCAUGCUGCAGUGGUUAAAACCAAGUGCUUUUUUAGACUCAAAGGAACAAUAUUUUGUUAUUUAUUACUACUAUAUGCAGUCAUUUGUAUUGAAAUGUUUUGCAUAUUUGAUGUGUUAGGUUUAUAAAAUAAUAAAAAAGUUAAAAAUAAAA